AUACCAUGUUGGGUGCUGACUGUAAAGCUACAGUACCUGCAGCUUGCUGCUAGGGGGCGCUCAACACACUGCUUUAGCUUGAUUCUGCGUGUGCCUGGCUGUGGAGGUGGAGACUGCAUUUGAGCAACUCUAUUCAGAAACAAAACCAAAACAAACACAUACACAGAAAAAAACAAAACAAAACAUGAAAGUAAUUAUUCAGAGGGUUGCCAAAGCCAGCGUGACAGUGGGAGAGGAACAGAUAAGUUCAAUUGGAAAAGGGAUUUGUGUGUUAUUAGGGAUUUCUGUGGAGGACACCCAAAAGGAUAUUGAAUACUUAGUUCGAAAGAUUUUGAACCUGCGUUUGUUUGACGAUGAGAAUGGAAAGCACUGGUGUAAAAGUGUGAUGGAUAAACAGUACGAAGUGCUUUGUGUGAGCCAGUUCACCCUGCAGUGCAUCCUGAAGGGAAACAAACCUGACUAUCAUGCCGCCAUGCCAACAGAACAGUCCGAGCCAUUCUACAACGACUUCCUUGAGCACAUGAGGAAGACUUACAAGCCAGAAGUGAUUAAAGAUGGGAAGUUUGGCGCCUAUAUGCAAGUACAUAUUCAGAACGAUGGACCUGUUACUAUAGAGUUAGAAUCGCCAACUGGACCCGCUGAUCUAAAGCAGGCAAAGCUGGAAAAGCAGCAGCAGCGGAAAGAAAAGACCAGAAACAAGGGACCCUCUGAGUCAGGCAAGGAGAAAGCCGCUGCACGUGCGAAAGUUGACCCCAGCGCCAGCAGCGGAGCCGAGGGGGAUGUGUCAUCUGAAAGAGAGCCUUAAAUUGGAGCGCGGUGUUCUCUUAGCGCAUGGUGAACUCUUUCCAUAAGACUUAAACUUCAUUGGCUUGGGCACCUUUUACUGAAACGAGGACUCUAGGGGGAAAUAACUUUUAUAUUUAUUUUGAUGUUAAACCAAAGUAAACCAAAACCUUGAUUUAAAUUAUGACAGAAAUGUAAAGGAGUAUGACUAAAUGUAAAAACAACACUUUUGAAACAAGAAUUUUCUGUCAUGGAUAAGGGGCCAAGCAUGACUUCACGCUGAAAAUAAGUAAUUGUGUUGUAGAACAUGUGUUAUAUUAUUUGUAGCAGCAGCUUCUAUUUUCUGGCGUAAACCAGGUAAUCAAAGAUAACUUUUUCAACAGCCAUCCAGUUCAGUGUGGUCUGCAUGCCCAAGAAAAACAGUUCAAUAUAUCAAAUAGCAGCGAGUACGUGAGCUUUGUUUUAUGGUGUUUGUACAUCUGUAUACCUGACCAUUCUGAAAAAAUGUAGCAAAGUUACCAGGGCAGAUGUGAAGACAUAAUAUAUGUGACAUCAUAAGAAGCUGAUACUGUAAAAAAGGGACAAACAUUUAGCAUAAUCAAAACAUACCUGAAAGUUACAUGGGCAAUGGCUGUGUGUACAUGCUAGUAAAAUACAAUGUCUGUGCUUCUUGCUUUUAAAAACUACUCUUAAGUGGCAAAUGUGCUGCAUGGAAAGGGUGGCUUAACAAAAUAUAUUGUACUUAGGGAAACAGCAAAUGUACCCUUACAUUGGAUAUGUCUUAUAAAAAGGAUUUUGUCUUUAAACUGUUCUUGUGGGCCACUCUUUGGAUUACAUUGUGUUCUUUAUAUUUAUCAACAGGAAGGCAUAAAAAACAAUUUGAAAAUGAGUUGGAGAUUUCCUUUAAACUGUUUUGUCAAUACAAGGGCAUUGAUCUGUGGUAAAAUGUUACCUUUCAAAUUAUGUUUAAUCACUGUUCCAAAUAAAUCCGCCAGUAAAAUCCGCCAAUAUAGUACAGUAUUUAUGUAUUGCAUCACACUCAACCAUCGUUGUCUCUCCUCUUGUCCCGCACCAUAGCCAGUGUUGCCAGAUUUGGUAGCCAGUUUAUAGCCCAAUCACAGCUAAAAUCCCGCCCAAGACUCACAAAAGUAGCCCAAUCACCAAGUAGUAGAAUGACAGGAGGGGACAUACAACCCCGUACACACCCAAAUACAUUUGUAUUAUAACAGCAAUACUCUAUAGCAAUUAACAAAGAAAGAUAAAUAAAAUGUUUACACUUACCAACUGCACUGGUCUUGUACCUCUGCAUACUCAGAAUUUCAGAAACAGAAACAUGAACUAUAUACAGUCUGCUUUGUUGCCAAGAAUCACACCAGCAAUACUGCACUGGUCUUGUAGCACUGCAUAAUCAGCAUUAAAAAACACAAAAAAGUCAACUAUAUACAUUUCACUUUGUCUCUGAUUUUCCAGCAGUAUCAGCUAGUUGCUGUACAUGCUGGAAUCAAAGUUGACCAGCAGUUCCCAGGGGGGCUGUGUUCCCUCUUUCAUUUAGUUGGCCACUGUGGCUAAAGUAACUUUUUUAACCACACUGGAAAAACUUAAGCCACUAAACAAUACUGUAUACAAGUUAAACAUACUGUUUCACAAGGCAAAAAGACGUGUAUUUUAUUUGAAAACAUGUAAAUAUUUAAAUGCCAGACCCUACCCUUUACAAUACACAUAAACCGUAUAUGUCAAGUGCACUAACUCUUGAUUCCCAUUUAAUAAAUGCCAAACUUGGUUCCACAUGAAAAAAUGUCAGUACAUAUUUCCUAAAUUCUGAAUAGGUUUGCAGAGAUAUUUAUGUACUGCAUAAUCCUUUACAUUAUUUUGACUGUGACGCGGUAUUCUUUCCACUGCAGGACAGUGCUAUUAGUGUAUGUUAAUAUUAAUGCCUACCUGACCAACCGCAGCUCUAGUUACACAAGCUUGUACUAAUGUGAUUAAUAAUAUUAGUAGGACUGUACAGCCACUACUGUGUUAAAAAAAAAAAAAAAAAAUGUACACUGUGUUCUUUCACCUGGGACUACUGACAGUAAUAUUGCACCGAUUCUGACAUUAAAACUCAAUCAUAGUGAGACGAAUCCUUCAUUUUAAAAAUAAUAAAUGUGUUUAUUUUAUUAAAUUGUUCCUCUUUCGAAUCCACUCUGUUACUAUUUCCAAAAUAUAUUUCAACACAUUUUAAAGCGAUAGCAAAAAAAAACAAAAAAAACUUAUCUGUGAUUUUUUGAAGCUGCGUGUUUCUGGCUUGCCGUCUGAAAAUGUUCUUUUGGGACGGUGGUAUGUUUGAAACCAGAUCUGCUUCAUCUCCCAGUGACUAUCACGGCCAUAUUUUAGUUUAUUUAGUGUUCCUUGGGCUACAUCUUUCGAAACAUUAUUCUAAUAAUUUGGCUACAAUUUUUUUUUUUUUAACAUGUCAAGAAUUUUUCCGUUUGGAUGCCAUGUUUAAAUUUUUUUUACAAGCAGCGCCGAACCUCUGUCCUCCCGCCAAAUACAACGUUUGUGGCAUACAUUUUACAUGAACAAGCUAAAGGGCUUUCAUUGGGCAAAAUGAAAUCAAACUAAACGGUCUGUAUUGAUCAUCUACCAGCACAUGUUGAAAGUAGUGGCAGUCUUAAACAAGUACAUUUUUCAAAGCCUUUGCCACCAUGGCGAACCUGGUGAACAAUAGUUGAGCCACAAGGGAAAACGCUUCGCUUGUGGCGACGUGAUGGUCUCUGCUACUGUCAAUCAUUAGUCCAUGCUUGUGUUAAGGUGGGUUAAAGUGGUUAUGAAAAGUGUUGACAUUUUACCUUCAGCUCAUUGAAUCUUACUUUAUGUUAGUUGUACUUAUAAUUAUUAUUAUUUUUUUUAACUUUAUGGACAGAAAAUACAAAUUACCCGCCCAAAGACCUAAAACUAGCCCAACAUAUCAUCACCCGCACAAUGCAAUUUAUACCUGCUCAAAUAAUAAAAAAAAACAGCCCAAUCUGGCAACACUGCCCAUAGCAACCAAUACACAUUCCUGAUUCGCUGGUACAGUACUCUCCUGACCUCCCAACUCCAACCUAAUAGGCUCUCGUUAACUGUCAGUAAAUGUACUGUAUUCAAGCCCCCAAAACACACAAGAGUAUAGUGCUGCAGAUCAGAGCCUCUCAUGGCGCUGUUUCUAAAAUGCCUUAAAUCAUUUAAUAAAAUAUUGCAGCGUUUGUAAAGCAUAGUAUUAUUAAUAAAGGCCAUCCUCGUAUAAUCGUCGCCCUCAUUUAAGGGCCACAGUCAUUCUGAUCAAUUUAAAAUAAAUGCUGCGGCGCCAAAUUGAAGUAAUACGGUGUGUGUGUGUAUAUAUAUAUAUAUAUAUUGGUUUUUGUUUUAGUUUUUUUUUGUUUUAGUGUUGUGGUAUUCAAUUUAGGCUAAUGGGAAUACCUAAAAUAAACAUAUGAAAUGUAUAACUUGCGUCCAGAUUAGCGCCUCUGUACUGUAUUUUAGUGAUGUUUGGGGACUACAGAUCCUAUGAUGCAUUUCGAGUUGCCAUAGUGCUCAUGCAAAACCGGGCACUAUCCUUGCAGACAGAAUUGGAGAGGUUUUGAAAGCAGUGGAUAAUUCACCACUAUAGAAGAAAAAGAAAGAUGUUGCUGCAGAUUUCAGAACAUUCCCAUGGACACUGUCAGCCAUUCUGAAAAACCAUUAUACAAUAAUACAGGCCUUGCUUUUGUGGUUUAAAAACGCCCCUGGUCAGAAUGGGUCAUGCAGAUUUCAAGUGCAGUUCAUUUGCAAUGUCUACUUUUUAAAAGUUCGCUUGCAGCUGUAUUUUCAGUAAAAUGCACAAUACUUUUAAAUUGAUAAUAGUUUUCAUUGUUCUGUAAUUGAAAUUGUAUUUCAGUGUUACUGUAACUUCAAUAAAAACUGUCUUUAGACUCCUGAUAAUAAGAAUUACUGAUCAGAUUAAUUUUUGUGCUGGUCCCUUGAAAUUUGUAUUAAAGAGAAUUGACUGCAUUUGAAAAUAUGUUAUUAUACCUUUUGCAUGACCCUUUUGUAGCAUGUAUGGAUUUUAUUUUUAAUAAUUUAUAAAGACACUGACACUGGUCUGAAUUAAUAAAGGAAAUGCAUUUACAUUGCCUACUUUAAAA